AUGGCUGCCGGCGAGUGGAAAACGCAGUUCGUCAAGCUGUUAUACGAGAAGGACAAGGUUGUGCCUGUUGAUGCCAACACUGUGCCCUAUUCCCCCCCUAUACUCAAGGCUCUGGGCCUGGCGGAUGUCAAAGAGGACAAAAUCCAACAGCAGGACCGGUCAACACAACAGCAAACAGUGGACAAUCGCAAAAAGCCCCAGGUGUUAUUACCGCCUCUUACCAUCAAAGAUGAAAUCAUCCACUGGAAUCCAAGCAUAUCAGACCUCUGGCUGCUGAUCAGAUCCCACGUCCUUCGACCGUAUCUGAUGAACAUCAUCAAGCGCUUCGGCCCACUUGGAGUCACAUUCGUCUGGGCUACCGUAACCAUUUAUUACUGUCUCAAGCACUUCCGUCGUCUGCGAGACAAGUUCAUGAAGUGGCUCAUGUCGCUCACCAUGGCCUCCAUGACCAUCCCGAGCAGUGACACCAGCCUUGACAAGAAGUUCACCGAUAUGCUCGACAAGAAGUUGAGAGAAGAGCUCAAGACGAGCAUGCUGUCGUAUACCCAGCAACGCUUUCUGCGUGUAUUCUCCUUCCUGUUCUCCUCGGGCAGCCGCUCCAUGGUCGCGCAGUACCAGAAGGAAACACGUCGCUGCUGGCAGGUGUUUGUGGAUGGGGGAAGGAUAUUCAUCGUCACUACAGUCAGCGAAGAAUGCGACGACAACGAGGAGCAGGAGCAAGAGCAGGAGCCGCCAAGUAAUCCGAACAACCACGUCAAACAUUGUCAAUGUCAAGACUGCUAUCAGUGGGAGCAGGACCAGUAUGAGAAUUCGGAGUACCAAAAGCAGCAGAGCCAGGAGCUUGUGUACACUUACGGACCAGACAAACAGGUCUGGUGUUUCGGGUCCUCGCCCAAUCCAGUCAAGGAGCUGCUCAACAAGUUGGGGCAAUCGGCUGAAGAAAAGAAAAUGGUCGAGGUUCGUAAAUACAGCCGCGGGAGCUGGGGAGAUUACGAGUCCAUUGAGCCGCGCUCGAUGGACAGCAUCUACUUAAAUCAGGUGGAGAAGACCGAGCUCCUCGAUGAUAUCAAAGAGUUCUUGGACCCAGAGACCGAGGCGGAUUACAAGGAGUCAAGCAUCCCGUACCACCGAGGAUACUUAUUGUACGGCCGCCCGGGAUGCGGCAAGACCUCGUUCGCACAGGCGCUUGCUGCUCUUCACAAGCUGAGACUUAACGUCCUGUCUCUGUCGGCGUCUGGCUUGAACGACUCUAUUCUAGCCGACCUGUUCUCGAAAAUUUCGCGUGGCGACAUCUUACUGAUCGAAGACAUCGACUGUGCAAGCUGCAACAUCAAUCGAGAUGCUGUGAAAGUGGUUCCGAAAGUAAUCGCCAAGGAAGAGGUCAAGAUCGAAACGGGGUCGGAUCAGGACACAUCGUCGGACUCUGAGUCUGACUAUGACAGCGAUUUGUCAUCUGACUCGUCCGUCAGUGCUCAAUUCAAGGGCGAGCGCGGGAAGAAAUUCGCCAAAAAGCUCGCUCAGCAGAAGACCAAGGCAAGACGAAAACUGUCGAAGCGGGAGCUUGAGCUGGAAAGCAAGCGUACGCGAACAGAAAAGGACAGAGAGGAUCGCAAGAUUGAGUCCAAGGCCAAGGCUAGGCAGGCCCGGAAGAAGGUAAGGAAGGACGGCCUGGAAGGAAAGGAGAAAGACAAAGGCAAGGACAAAGAAGUCGCCCCACCUGCUGAGCCCGAGCCACAAAAGGGAGUGACUCUCGGCGGCCUACUCAAUGCCAUCGACGGCGUCUCUGCGCCACAAGGCCACAUUCUCCUCCUCACCACGAACAAGAAGGAUGAUCUAGAUGAGGCCCUCAUCCGCGCCGGCCGCAUCGACGUCAAGGCUGAGUUCUCCUUCGCAACUACCGAACAAGCUCAACAACUCUUUGAACGCUUGUACAAGAGACUAUCGACCAAAGAGCAGGCCAAGUACGAUCAGAAGGCGAUUGUGGAGCUGGCGAAGCAGUUCGCCGCCAAGGUGCCGCCGGGGAAAUUGAGCUGUGCGCAGUUGCAAGGCUAUGUGCUGCAGUACAGAACGAAGCCAGACGUGGCGGUGGAAAAGGUAGCCGAGUGGGCAGACGGGGUCAUCAAGGGCAAAGUAAAGGUUGCUGUGUCGAGGACGGACCUUGCGAGCGCUCCGAAACCUGCGAGAGCCAAUAAUGAUUGGGCUGCUCCUGAAGUAGCUCCGAAAUUUAGUAGAGAUGGUUGGUGA